UUACCGUCAGUUGUAGAAAGGAAGUGUCUUGUCACUAGUUGUGACGCAAACAUACUGUAAUUGAGUCUAGGGCGCGAGUCGCAACCAUGAAGAGCAAGGACUCAGACGCGCCCGAGACGGUGGCUCUGCUCUCUAAGCAGCAAGAUGUGGAAUCAAAUGGCAACAAGCAAGGGAACUCUGGCUCGGAGUCCCAGAAGCCAUAUAUGUUUGGACUCGGCCUUACUACGAUUGUGAUUGGCUAUUACGCUCUGUGUAGUAGUACAAUGCUUGUGAUUAACAAGGUGGCAAUCUACAAGCUACCUUGCCCCAUUUUCGUCCUUUGCUGUCAGCUAUUCUGCUCCGCGGCCAUCGUGGCCGGCGCCAACCAUGUCGGUCUGCUUCAAGCAGAGGUUACAGAGUGGGCGAAGCUCAAGAAGUUCAUCUGGGUGGUCGUCGGAUUCCUGGGGACAAUCUUCGCGAACAUCAAGGUGCUCCAGCACGCAAACGUGGAGACCUUUAUCACGUUCCGGUCAUCCACGCCCCUGAUCCUGUCCGUGUGCGACUACCUGUUCCUGGGCCGCAUGCUGCCCAGCGCGCGCUCCUGGGGGGCGCUGCUGGUGCUUCUGGGCGGCAGCCUGGGCUACGUCAUGAGCGACAGCGACUUCCGGGUGGACGCCUACGUGUGGCUGUUCCUCUGGUACUGCUUCUUCACAUUCGACACGGUGUAUGUGAAGCACAUGUGCGACACAGUCAAGAUGACCAACUGGAGCCGCGUGUACUACACAAACGCCAUCGCGUUGGUGCCGCUGGCGCUGUCGCUGCCCAUCCUGGGCGAGCACAAGAAGCUGGAGCGGGUGCAGUGGACGCCCGACGUGGUCGGGCCGCUGGUGCUGUCGUGUGUGGUGGGGCUGUGCAUGAGCCACAGCGCCUACCUGCUGCGGGACACGGUGUCAGCGACGCUGUUCACGAUUGUGGGCAUCCUGUGCAAGAUCAUCACGGUGGUGAUCAAUGUCCUCAUCUGGGACAAGCACGCCACGCCCACCGGCAUCAUGUUCCUGCUUGUCUGCGUGCUGGCCGGAACGUUCUACGAGCAGUCGCCGAAGCGGUCACAGAGCAACAGCAACAGCCAGCAGCAGCAAGGAUAGUAGAACUGCGGUUAGGCAGACGCUAGAAUAUUCCGUAGCAGCAGCAGCAGCAGAAGCAGAAGCACACGGAGGAGUGCCUGGCCAUGAGAAAGGCCAUGAGGAUGCAGAUGUCGGGGAGGGUGUUCCUUCUUUGUUUGGUGGUAGUCGUUGCCCAAGACAAAUGUCGGCGCCAUUGCUUUUGAGUGAUGAGGCGGCGCCACUGCUUGCCGUUGCUGUCGCAGGCUCAGACCGCACUGCUAGACUUACCGUGGGGGCGCUUCGGUUUUGUAGGGCUAAAUACAGUGGUGGUAGGCAUGCACACCUGUGCGCAGGGCUGCAGGGUUGCGACGUAACGGUGGCGUACGUCAGGUGAUAUGACGCCUGCCAUGGCAUGCAGUAAAGGACAAACAGGGGCGCGCCUGUCGCCCCCACAGGCAAUACAUAUCACAUCAAAAUAGCACUGCACAAUUAGAUAGUUUGUUUGGCACUUGAGAAGGGAGGCGUGGCCAAAAGUGAGCGUUUGUGAUGCCCGCAAGUAUGUGUGUAUGCAAAGCUCUGCAAUGCUGGUGUAGCGUUGGUGGUGGGUGCCAUUGCAACAAUCACGGAAUUGCGGUCACGAUAUGCGGUUGAAGCCCGGUUUUGCCUUUCAGUUGGCGUUUGGUGUGCUUGGCGACGACAUGAGACCGAGUGCCGAAACUGGAACUGAAGGACGGUGGCCACAUUGUGAAUGCCCACUCGGUGACCGCCGCUGGUAGCAAGGGUGUGGGGCAGGGAUCUAAGCCGGGCCAAGGUGGGGACGGAUGCCGAGCGUGGCGUGGCGUGGUCAGUCCUGCAACCGUACAUCGUGU